UCCAACUGCACCCAUGAACUCUACAUGAAGAUGAGAGAGUGCUGGCAUGCAGUACCAACACAAAGACCAACAUUCAAACAGCUUGUGGAAGAGCUUGAUAGGGUGCUGGUGUCCAUUUCAGAUGAGUACCUGGACCUAUCCACCCCUUUCGAACAGUAUUCCCCAUCUUGUGAGGACACCUCCAGCUCUUGCUCUUCAGACAAUGAUUCAGUGUUUACCCAUGAUGCUAUGUCAACUGACCCAUGCCUCAUUGGCUACCACGACGUGCGCUCUCGGAUGGACCUGAAGACAACAAUGCGAUAGUCCUUUUUGGCUGAGGGCACAAGCUCGUGGACAUCAGAUGUUGCUAUGGAAACACUUGUAUGAAAAGCGGUACAAGGAUUUUCAACCUUUAUUGCUCUGCCUAAGAACAUUAUAACAAUGCUUGGCACUAUGAAAUUUGGUGAUUGGUAGUUUUUACAGAGAAACAGGACUGAGUCUGGUCAUGAGCUUUUUUGUUUCAAGUUUUUAUUGAACGGGUGCUGCUGUAUGUAGAAAGCUACAUUGGAGCAGAAUACAGGAGCGUUUUCAAAACAGACUUUUUUUUAAUAAAGAACAUUUAUUUUGAUAUAAAAAGCAGAUAGCAUUG